GGCCGGGGUUUUAUAGAACCUGGGGCGCUGUGUGUGUAGGACUUGAAGCUAUGGAACUUUGGGAUUUUUGGGGGGAGAGACGCAGAUGUCACUCGCUCCUGCUUGCACGUCUUCCUUUUCAGCCCCCAGAUGGACCCUGGGAAGGACGGGGAGGGGAUGCCGCAGCCCGCAGAGCCGCCCAAAAGGAAAAAAUUCAUCAUACCGGUGGACGAGGAUGAGGUCCCUCCUGUCGGGGCCAAGCCCUUAUUCAGAUCCACACAGAGCCUUCCCACCAAGGAGACCUCAGCCCAGGGGGCCCCUCAGACCUAUGCCGAAUACGUCAUCUUGGGGCCUCCAGGAGGGGCCGGAGCUGCGUGCCCCGUGGGACUAGACCCCCCGGCAGGAGGAACCCCCAACCAGGCCCCCAAAACAGGGGCAAAAUCUAACAGCAUCAUCGUGAGCCCCCGACAGAGGGGCAACCCCGUGCUGAAGUUCGUGCGCAACGUGCCCUGGGAAUUCGGUGACGUGCUGCCCGACUACGUGCUGGGCCAGGGCACCUGUGCCCUCUUCCUCAGCCUCCGCUACCACAACCUCCACCCAGACUACAUCCACGGGCGGCUGCAGAGCCUGGGGAAGAACUUCGCCCUGCGGGUCCUGCUCGUCCAGGUGGACGUGAAAGAUCCUCAGCAGGCCCUCAAGGAGCUGGCCAAGAUGUGCAUCCUGGCCGACUGCACCCUGGUGCUUGCCUGGAGCCCUGAAGAGGCCGGGAGGUACCUGGAGACCUACAAGGCAUAUGAGCAGAAGCCGGCAGACCUCCUGAUGGAGAAGCUGGAGCAGGACUUCGUCUCUCGGGUAACCGAAUGUCUGACCACCGUCAAGUCGGUCAACAAAACAGACAGUCAGACCCUCCUGGCCACUUUUGGGUCUCUGGAACAGCUCAUAGCAGCGUCACGGGAAGAUCUGGCCUUGUGCCCGGGCCUGGGGCCCCAGAAGGCCCGGAGGCUGUUUGAUGUCCUACACGAGCCCUUCUUGAAAUCACCCUGAUGACCCCAGCUGCCAAGGAGGCCCAUGCUUAAUAAUAAAGCAUUUUCCCAGUCCAA